GACUGGUAGUAACUCAUAAGCAUCAAAAUCUUCAAUUUGAAGCGCUUCUGAUAUUGUCUUUCAUUCAACUGUGCUUUUUCAAUAUCACGUGCUGGGUUCCCCUCACUUUUUAUCUCUGUCGACUGAGCUCCAACCUUACUACAAGUACUGCCACCCUUGACUGAUACAGUGACAGACAGACAACUCCGUUAAUUGAUAUGCUCCGUAACUUGGUUAGCUUUUCCCGGAGGGACUUGAAGCCCUAUGUCGCCGAGUUCCUUGGGACAGCUCUCCUGAUUGUCAUUGGAGACGGAGUGGUCGCUCAAUGCCUCCUCUCUGACUAUCGUUACGGCACCUGGCUAUCAAUCAACAUCGCCUGGGCAGCAGCAGUCUGUCUUUCCGGCUAUCUCUCCGAUCCCAGUCCUACCAUCAACCCCGCCGUCACCAUCUGCCUGGCCCUCGUUCGUCCGUUCCCGGGACAGUGGCAGAAGCUACCAGGCAAGCUGUUCGCCCAGUUCCUAGGUGGUUUUGUCGGCGCCGCCAUCGUCUAUAUCAACUACUGGUCGGCCAUCAAGGACUGGGACCCCGAGUACACUAUCCCCGGUGGUUCGAUUCUGAGUCCCCAGGGGCACCAUUCAGCAGGCAUCUUCGCAACCUAUCCAGCCGACUUCUUUUUCACUAACUGGCAGGGCGCAUUUUCCGAAUGGCUUGGGUCCGCGGUUCUCAUGUUUGGAGCUCUCAGUAUCGCAGACCCGGCAAAUGCGCUUCGCUUCCACUCCUCGCAGCUCUCCAUGUUCCUGCUCCUUCUUGCUAUUGGCGCCUCGCUGGGCUGGCAGACUGGAUAUGCCAUUAACCCCGCGAGAGACUUUGGUCCAAGAUUAUUCUCUGCAAUCGUUUAUGGGAGAGAGGUGUUCACCUCGGACAACUACUAUUUCAUCGUCCCUAUAAUCGCCCCUGUUAUCGGCUGCAUCACGGGAGCUACGGUUUACGACUCUUUUCUCUAUGAGGGCGAUGGGUCUCGCGUCACAGACGUAGUGAACAAGCUGGAGGAUCGGGAUGGAGCUUUUCGACUGGAUUGAGUAGAUGGAUGAUGGAUAGCUUGUUUCAAGUUGUCCCAGAAUUUUCCACACAAUUUUGUAUAUGCUGGAAAGACACCAGCCACCCCUAUGCAUCAAUUUUAUCAACAGAAGUGUUUACUUGUAUCAGUUUAGCCAUCCUUAAUAAAGUUGGCGUGACGUGUGACUGCCUGCGAAAUUGGCGCCGGUCUGCUUCUAUAUUCCAGAGAUUCUCCAUUAUAUGUAUAUGGUUGUUGAAAUCUUGUUUGUUAUUUUUUGCAUUGUAGCCACUUGUCGCCGAUCGUUGAUGAGUGAUCUGCAGCAGCCAAUGACGCGAUCUCUAGAAAAGAACCCCACAGCUUUAUAGAAGAGCAUUUCACAGUAAGUGAAGGUAUUUCUUGGAUAUUGGAUAUCA